AUGUCAAAACAUCAAGAUGAUUCAAUUGAAACUAUUCAUCACAACGAGGUUGCUGAUGACGAACAACUUAUGGAAGAACAUAUGUUGUCACAAAGGAUGAGUCAAUUAUCUGCAACCGCGACAAAUGAAACGGAAUUUAUUGUCAAAGAUAUCAAAAAUAUAAUAGAGAAAAUUCCAAAUUAUUUAACGAAACAGAAUAAAUCAUUUGAACAAUUAUUAGAUCAAGCAUUAUCAACGCUGACAUCAGAAACAUUGAAUUUUAAAAGAGAUGAAUUACGAAAAAUUGCCAUUCAAAUCUAUAAAACAAUACUCAUUCAAAUAUAUCUACGUUUAUGGACAGUUUAUUUAAAAUCAGGUAUGGGGCAAUUAAUUAAACAAUCUUCUCAACAACCGCUGAUUUAUCCAACUGAUUUACGAAUUUGGCCAAAAGAAAUUAAAACCAUUGUAAAAUCAAGCAAGACGAAUAAGACGAAUGAAAACGAUACUUGCAUGUGUUUUGUCAAGGACUAUAUACAUGAACUUAGUAAACAAUUAAAACAAUAUCAAAUUGAGUUAAAUAUCAAUACAAACAACUGCAAAUGUUAUACACCAGUAUUAGGAGAAAUAUUGGAAAAAUAUAUUACAGAAAAUCUAUCUUCUUUAAAUUUGGAAAUUGAUCAUAAAAUAGAAAUUCUUCAGUAUGAUUAUCAAAUUCAAGCAUUGAAAAUAGAAUAUCUGCGCCAAAAACCAACUGCGACUCAAGAAUUAAAAAUGAAACAACUUUAUCAUAGUAAGUAUGAAGAAGAAACCGUACAACAGGAAUUUGAUUUUCUGCGAAAACAAAUGGAUUAUUAUAAUUCACCCAGUCAAGGUUUUAAAUAUUCACCUAUAGCUGAGUCAACAUUAAUUAAUUCUAUUGAAAAUCCAACGAUUAGAAAACAAAUAUUCGAUCAAUAUAAAGAAAUCGCCGAGCAAAGUGAAUCUAUUAAUGGAUUAAUGGCAAUACGAAAACAACAAGGAAGUGUAUGGGAAGAACUUCUCAUGCUAGAAAUGCGUGUUUUGUGUAAAUUUUUACCAGAAAAUUUUGACCACUUAGAAGAUUAUAUUGCUCCUAUCAAAGCGAAAGGUGAAUGGUUAAAUUGUUUUCUAAAUGCCUGUGAUGCUAAAUUUAAAGAGUCUGAUCAACAAUAUCGAAAUAAAAUUGGGAAAUUAGAAACUCAAUUACUAAACAAUAGAAUUGCCGAUGGCUCAUCUGUUGUCAAGAAAAUUCAUGAUUACAUGGCCUACCAAACAGAUAAAUUAAAACAAAGUAUUCACAAUAAAAUAUUAUCUUUUCGAGGAAUAUUACUUCAAAAUCAUCGACGUAUCUCCCCUAAAAUAAAAAAUAUGAUUGGUGUUUCUCCUGAACCAUAUCUUGAUUUAACUGUUAAACCGUUCAAUAAACGUCAAUGGCUUUAUCUCUCACUUGGGCCAUCUUAUAUACGUUUAAAUCAAAGUGCCAUUCGUCCAAGAGAUCAACAAGAGAGCACAGUCACAAAAGAACAUAAAAAUAUUUAUGAUAAAAUUGCACAGCGACUUAGCUCACACCCAUACAAUGUAUCGUUAAAACCAUUGAUUCUCAAACAAUAUUCUAAUCAUCUUCUUGAAUAUCUUAAUAAUUCUUAUUUUACUCCGUUAUCGUAUAAAGAUCAAUUUCGAGCGAUAGAACAAGCAAAAACGACUGCAUACAUUCGAAAAAUACUUAAAAAGCACAAUCUUAUACUUCGCAUAACUGAUAAGGGUCAUAAUUUUUAUAUUGGUUCAGAAACUGAAUUUGAAAAAAAAGCACAAAAAUUUUUCGAAGAUACCAAUGCCUUCAAGGAAUUAUCAGUUAAUCCAUUAAAAGAAAUUCAAGAUAAAGUCAUUCAAUCACUCAAUCGACUACGUGAGAAGAAACUUAUAUUGGUAUGGCAGUACAAUAAAAUGAUGCCUGAUCGAACAAAAUCGGAAUUAGCUCAUCUAUAUUUCAAUCCUAAAACACAUAAGCUAUGUUCUAUUCUAUCUAUUGGAAUUUACGAGGAUAUACCCGUCCGACCGAUUGAAAAUACAAUUCAUGCUCCAACAACAAAUAUUUCAAAAUUUUUAAGUGAAAUUAUAUCACCUAUAUUUGACAGCAAAUGUGGAUCCACAACGGUUAUUGAUGGCGUUUCUUUGAUCAAAGAGCUUAACAAAUACACACGAAAAGAUCUCCUUAAACCAUCGACGCUAUUUUGUACACUGGACAUUCGUAAUUUAUAUACUAUGUUACCUCAAGAAGAAGCAUUAAAUAUCCUUGUUGAAUUUCUUCGUGUACACGGAUAUGAGAAAGUCAAAGGAAUACCUCUUGAUACAAUACGCCAAUUAGCUUCGUUAGUAUUACAGGAAAAUGUUUUUGUCUAUAAUAAA